AUGCAUCUUAGAUUCUACCUCGACGAAAAUGGUAAAAGAGUUUACACUCUCAAGACCAUCAACGAUGAAAACGUUUAAACCCUCAAUGCCCAUCCUGCUCGUUUCAGCCCUGAUGACAACUACCAAAAGGAAAGAUACGAAUGCAAGAAGAGAUACAAUUUACUUCCUACCUAACAACCUGAACUUAAGCUCUGA